UGACGUCAUCAGCAGUGGACGAGACAUUGUUGGCUGGUUCUUAUGGUCUUUCUGCGGUUCAAAGUCUUGUCGGGUAUCUAGGCUGUAAACGGUCAGGUGAAACAGACGACAAAACCGUAUCGUUGGAAUGGCUCUGGAAGUUUUUCGUAAAGAUGAGACAUUGCAAAUGCGCAGGAAGCUGAUUGGGCAGUCCUGCAGACUCUUUUUUUCCCAUGAUCCCGUGAAAAUAGUGAGAGCACGGGGUCAAUAUUUAUAUGAUGAGAAUGGCAUGCAGUACUUGGAUUGCAUUAGUAAUGUUCAACAUGUGGGACACUGUCACCCCAGCAUCACUCAGGCCGCUGCUGCUCAGAUGGAUCUUCUUAAUUCAAACACUAGAUUCCUCCAUGAUAAUAUUGUUAUGUAUGCAGAUCGGCUGGCCGCCACUCUGCCAAAGAAACUUUGUGUCUUUUAUUUUGUCAACUCAGGAUCAGAGGCUAAUGAUCUUGCCUUGAGACUGGCCCGUCAGUAUACACGUCAUCAGGAUGUCAUUGUGCUAGAUCAUGCAUAUCAUGGACAUCUCACCUCACUCAUCGACAUCAGCCCAUACAAGUUCCGGAAACUUGAGGGCCAAAAAGAGUGGGUGCAUGUGGCACCUCUUCCUGAUACUUACCAUGGUAUCUACCGAGAAGACCAUCCUGACCCAGGACAGGCUUAUGCAGAUACUGUGAAAAGUCUUAUUGAAGAGGUCCAUAAGAAAGGCCGCAAGAUUUCAUCUUUUUUUGCCGAGUCUUUACCCAGUGUUGGUGGCCAGAUCAUUUUCCCAGCUGGUUAUUGUAAAAGAGUAGCAGAAUACGUUCGUGAAGCAGGAGGAGUUUAUGUGGCAGAUGAGAUUCAGACAGGCUUCAAUCGUGUUGGGAGUCAUUUCUGGGCUUUUCAGCUUCAAGGCGAAGACUUCUGCCCUGACAUUGUGACUAUGGGCAAACCAAUAGGAAAUGGUCAUCCUAUAGCGUGUGUGGCCACUACAGAAGAAAUAGCCGCUGCUUUUACAGCCAAUGGUGUGGAGUACUUCAACACAUUUGGUGGUAACCCAGUAUCCUGUGCCAUUGGUCUGGCAGUAUUGGAUGUUUUAGAGAAAGAAGACCUCGGAGGCAACGCUGUGCGUGUCGGUGGUCAUCUUAAACAGCUGCUCCUUCAACUUCAGACUAAACAUCCACUCAUCGGAGAUGUGCGUGGUGUUGGACUGUUUAUAGGUAUGGAGCUAGUAAAAGACAGAGUGUCCAGAAAACCAGCAACAGAAGAAGCAGCACAUCUUGCUGAAAGAGGACCGUAUAGUUAUAAGCACUGAUGGACCGUGGGACAGUGUCAUCAAAUUCAAACCUCCAAUGUGCUUCAGUAUUGAGGACGCUGAGAGAGUCUCUACAUGCAUUGACCAAAUUCUCAGAGGUUGGUAGUAAUUUAACAGUUAAUUCAGCAUGUGGUAACUGAUUAAUCUGACGUAUUUUCAUUUUGUUUAAAACAAUAAUUAAGAAAUUGACAGUUUGUCUUUGGACUUACAGAACUGGAGGAUACCCAUCAAAAACAGGACUGCGGAAGUUGAGGUUUAAAAAACAGGAAAAUAAUUUUCAGUAUAGUGCAUAGAGCAAACAGUCUUAAUUGCAUAUCAUAAAUGAAUUUUAAUAAAUAAUUUGUGUGUGAUUUUA